UAAAUUUCUGUCCAUCGAGAUUACAUGAAUUUUCUACAUGUAGCUGAGGACUGCGAAGAGUGGAAGCUUGGGUAAUUAAGUGCCUUAAUUAUACGUUUAUUAAAAACUACUUGAAUUUGUUGAUUGUUGAUAUGGAAGCUAGUCUUCUGACAUCACAUGCUUAAAUGGAAAAUUGAUUGUUCUCCAUAUCUGUCAAGAACAUCCAGAGUUUGGACAGGAAAGGGAUAGUUUCAUAGUGGCUGUCUUUGAGCAUGACAGAGAAGGAAGCUACAUGGUCUGAAAAUGGGAAAACCCCUCUUUUUAUUUUCUUCAGGGAUGCAAGAUCAGUUUUCAAGUUAGAUGAGCUGGGUGUUGAAAUAGCAAGGAUUGCAGUCCCGGCAGCACUUGCUUUGACAGCUGAUCCUAUUGCUUCUCUAGUCGACACAGCUUUCAUAGGCCAAUUAGGUUCAGUGGAACUUGCUGCUGUGGGAGUUUCUAUUGCUGUCUUCAACCAAGUCUCUAGGAUCGCAAUCUUCCCCCUUGUCAGUGUCACUACCUCUUUUGUUGCUGAGGAAGAUACUAUUACAAGGGGCAAUUCAGUUCCUCAAGACCCUGAAAGCUUUGACAUUGGUGGAUCAACGCCGGGCUGUGAAUGCAAAAAGUUGAUACCUCAAAAUGAUUCUGAAGAUAGUGGACAAGUAUAUGAACCAAUUGCAAACAGCUUUGAAGUAGAAGCUUCUAAUAAUAGCAUAAAGCGUCACAUCCCAUCAGCCUCAUCAGCUAUGAUCAUUGGUGGCAUCCUUGGCAUCAUCCAAGCUAUACUGCUAAUAGCGGGAGCAAAGCCCGUGUUGAAUUUUAUGGGUAUCAAAUCUGGUUCACUGAUGUUAAAACCUGCACAGCAGUACUUGGCAUUGAGGUCACUUGGAGCGCCAGCAGUUCUCCUCUCUUUAGCCAUGCAGGGGGUUUUCCGAGGAUUUAAGGACACAAAAACUCCACUUUUUGCUACUGUGGUGGGAGAUUUAACAAACAUAAUUUUGGAUCCUAUUUUCAUAUUUGUUCUUGGGCUAGGUGUAAGAGGUGCAGCAAUUUCCCAUGUCAUAUCUCAGUACCUUAUUUCGGUCAUACUUUUUUGGAGAUUAACGGAGAAAGUUGAUUUAAUUCCCCCUAGACUCAAAUACCUGCAAUUUGCCCGAUUUCUUAAAAAUGGUUUUCUGUUAUUGAUGAGGGUGAUAGCUGUUACAUUCUGUGUAACCUUAGCUGCAUCGUUAGCUGCACGAUUGGGACCGACACAAAUGGCUGCAUUCCAGGUGUGCUUGCAGGUUUGGUUGGCAACAUCUCUUCUAGCUGAUGGGUUGGCCGUUGCAGGACAGGCAAUACUAGCAACUGCAUUCGCAAAGAACGAGUUCAGUAAGGCAACUUCUACUGCGUCCCGUGUGCUACAGCUAGGAAUAGCUCUUGGGCUGAUCCUCGCUGUGUUUCUUGGAGUUGGUUUACAUUUCGGAGCGAGGCUGUUUACAAAAGACGCUGAUGUCAUCGCUCUUAUUGGUGUUGCCAUCCCGUUUGUUGCAGCAACUCAACCAAUCAAUGCUUUGGCCUUUGUUUUUGAUGGAGUGAACUUUGGUGCAUCAGACUUUGCAUAUUCUGCCUAUUCCAUGGUUACAGUGGCUAUCAUCAGCAUCAUACUUUUGUUCAUUCUUUCAUCAACAUCUGGGUUUGUUGGAAUAUGGAUUGCCCUUACCAUAUAUAUGAGUCUGAGAGCCAUGGCUGGCUUUUGGAGGAUAGGAACCGGAACAGGUCCAUGGAUGUUUCUAAAGAGCUAAACUCGCAAAUGUUGUUGAAAGAUUCAAACUUUGCCCUGUGUUGUUGCUAAUGUACAGUUUUCGUGUAAACAACAUAUAGAUAGAGACAAAAUUAAUCUCAUGUGUUGACAUGGAAAUACCUUGGCUUUCGUGUACUGGGUG